ACUCUCGUACUCUCUCUCCCCCGUCAAUUCUUCCCUGUUGCAGGGUCUCCGAAUUCACCGCAAAUUCACAGCAAAUUCACCGUCGUGCUCUCGCUCUCUCCGCAUCCAAUUCAGUCGUUUUCGUUCGAUACCAUCUUCGUCCGCUCUCAUCCUUGACCCGAUGUCGCUCGAGGCUUCUCGAAUUUCGUCUCUCUUGAAGGGGGACAGCGGCGGCGCUCUGUUUCCCCGCCUUUCCCCUGCUUCCUCGCCGUUCUUGCCCUGUUCGGCUAAACCCUCGACCGUUCGACUCGCGCGUGGGAAGAAUGGUCAGCUCCUGGUGGUCUGCGCCUCGAAAGGAGGGAGCAACCGGCAGCUGAGUGGGGUGGUGUUCGAGCCCUUUGAAGAGGUCAAGAAAGAGCUCGACCUCGUACCCGCUUCUCCGCACCUCUCGCUCGCUCGCCAGAAGUACUGUGACCCGUGCGAGUCUGCAGUUAACGAGCAAAUCAAUGUGGAGUACAAUGUCUCAUACGUGUAUCACGCCAUGUAUGCCUACUUCGACAGAGAUAACGUCGCGCUCAAGGGUCUUGCGAAAUUCUUCAAGGAAUCAAGCGAAGAAGAGAGGGAACAUGCAGAGAUAUUAAUGGAGUAUCAGAACAAAAGGGGUGGCAGGGUCAAGCUGCGGUCUAUAGUGAUGCCACUUUCGGAGUUCGAUCACGAGGAUAAGGGAGAGGCACUAUAUGCUAUGGAGCUUGCAUUAUGUUUGGAAAAGCUGACAAAUGAAAAGCUUUUGAACUUGCAAAAAGUGGCUGAGCAGAACCUUGAUGUGCAGUUGAUGGAUUUCAUUGAGAGCAGAUUCUUAGCCGAGCAGGUGGAAAGCAUCAAGAAGAUAUCUGAAUAUGUAGCCCAGCUGAGAAGAGUGGGCAAAGGACACGGAGUCUGGCACUUCGAUCAAAUGCUACUCCACGAAGAAGCCGCAGCAUGAUGGGAAGUCGGGCAUCUUGCUUCUCAAAGAGUUAUGGAGAUUGCUGUCCCAACAAGGUGUCGCUACUAGCGAUUGCUUACCCGAUUGCUUACCCGAGUGGUGUGGUUUUGACUGUUGCCGAGAAUCUGUGUUUGUAAAUAUAGGUGGGAACAACGGCAAACUGAAUUUCCUUUUCUUUUAGUGCUUUGUUUUCGGAUUCAAAGUAGCGGCGAGUAACGGAUUCGCCCAUUAGUGGCUGUUUCCUUGACAAGGUAAAUCUUCUUCUCUUUGGAGAGAGAUC